UUGUUUACUCAGAAUAUUUGUUUAAAAUUAUUACCAUUAGUUUACUCAUAGAAUUGUUGAAUAAGUAUAAUAUAAGCAAAUGGAAAUGGAGAGUUAUCCGAAAGGCCAACAACCUUCAACUUCGCGAAACACAACGGCAUAUAAUGUACAUGAAUCUGAUGAUGCGGAUGAUGGAUAUGGAUGCUGCGGAAUCAUUUUGUUGAUCAUUUCAGGGUUUGUCAUUCUCAUCACUUUCCCAGUUGCUAUUUGCCUUUGUGUAAAGGUUGUACAAGAAUAUGAAAGAGCUGUAAUAUUUCGUCUCGGUCGCCUGUCAAAAGGUGGUGCAAAGGGACCAGGUAUCUUCUUCGUUAUUCCAUGCACCGAUGAAUACAGCAAAGUUGACCUUCGUACGCAAUCGUUUGACGUCCCUCCGCAAGAGAUUCUGACCAAGGAUAGCGUCACCAUUGCGGUAGAUGCAGUUGUGUAUUAUCGUGUGCAGGAUGCAACCGCAAGUAUCGCUAAUGUAGCGAAUGCUGAUGGUGCUACGCGUCUCCUUUCACAAACUACUUUACGUAAUAUGUUGGGCACGAAAAGCUUGUCUGAGGUUCUCACUGAUCGUGAAGAAAUCAGCUCUGGAAUGCAAGUGACUCUGGAUGAAGCAACUGAUCCAUGGGGAAUCAAAGUUGAAAGAGUGGAAAUCAAAGAUGUCCGCCUUCCGGUACAAUUGCAAAGAGCAAUGGCUGCUGAAGCAGAAGCUGCUCGAGAUGCAAGAGCCAAGGUUAUUGCUGCCGAGGGUGAAAUGAACGCUUCAAGAAAGCUGAAGGAGGCAGCUGAUGUCAUGAGUGAAUCCCCCAAUGCCAUGCAACUGCGUUAUCUUCAAACACUCACAUCCAUCAGCGCAGAGAAGAAUUCCACCAUCAUUUUCCCUCUCCCCAUCGACAUGCUCAGCUCCUAUGUUAAAAAGUAGAACACAUGAAGACUUUUCCUUUCAUUUUGCUCAAUUACUUUAUACUAUCAUGAAAAUCUAUCUUUUUUUUUGAUCUGGUAACACCUUUUUAGAAUUACAUUUCUAUAUUCAAAUAUUGCGCUUUGGGUAAACAUGAGCCAAUCAAUUAAUCUCAGUUAAUAACCUCGCCUCAUCCAUACCACAUACUUCAACAUUGCAUAUGAACUCGAGAACAAAAUUCUUUGGCCAGUGAUUAAAAAUACAUCAGUUUGGCCCAAUCACCUAACAAUCUUAAUCCCAAUUUUAAUGGAUUGGAAUGAGUAUAACAUAGCUGUGCUUCAUCGAGAUAAAAUUGACAACUUCGCAGAGUUAUUUUCGCUCCAGCAGCAAAAAUACUGAACCCCAGAUACCUUUUUCUUCAUCACGUACUAUGUUAUUUCUCUUUCAGUGAAUUUUGCAUAAUUUACCACAUGUUUAUAUAUAUAAAUAUGGGCUUUAUUCAGGGAAAAUCAAUGAAAUUUCCACUUUUAUGACAUAUUUUUAAGUUCUCUUAGUUUUUAAUGAGAGUUAAACCCUUAGAGAAGUACUUUCUUAUAACAAUGCUUUCUCAAUUUUGUUUCAUCUUUCUUAUAUGUAAAAAGCAAUUCAGUAUUUCUACCAGCUUAAAUUGGUUGGGUGUCAAAGAGACUUAUGUAAUUAUUGUACAUCUUUUGGAUUAUGGGAUAAAAUUAUAUAUUUAUUGUUUUUUUUUUGUCAACUUACAUUUAUAGCAUAUAGGAACUUGCCCAUUAACUCUCAUGAACUCAUUUGACCGCCCCAUUUUCAAUGGUUCAUACAUGGUUUAUAGUUUUACAACUCAGUCUAAUUUUGGGCCAGUUCAAUUGCUUGAUUUCAUCAAUCUAAAGUGGUUAUUGUCAACUUGGCAACUUCUAUUGCAUUACGGUAUUGCUUUAAUAACUUCAUCUAAAGAUACAUGGGUUAUGCUCUUACAGCUCAUUUCAAUUAUGGGCCUCACUUGGCCCAGUUCAUUGCUUGGGCAAUACAAAUGGAUUAACUUCAGCUUCGGAAAGUCUAUUGCAUUCCGGUAUUGCUUCAAUAACUUUGUGUAAAGAUUACUUUCUAUAUUUGUAUUUUCUAAUUAAUAAUCCUUUUAUAAAUGAAUUGGUUUGUAUGUAGCAACUAAAAAAUUAUUUUUUUCUUGGACAAUGUAAUGGCCAUUUUAAUUUUAUAUAAACACUAUGGUAAUUAUGUACUAUAAUUACGAAUUUGAUCAAAUAAUAUCAUGGUUAUAUUUUAUUAUGGGAUUCAAACACGUGCACCAGGUUACUUUGUUAGUGAGAGCCGUCUCA